UCGUGGAUAGGAUAGCAUCUGUUCCUGAGAUCUGAUGUGAUGCGCGCGGCAGGCCGAUCCGACCCUCAAGACGAGCUGCUCACUGCUCAGCUGCAAGCAUUCCCGUGAACGCCGCUGGCCUAGGGCCGCUGCCUCUGCCACCGCGAGCACCCAGCCACCACCCGCUGCCAAGCGCCAGACCAAGGCAGCCCGCGGCCCCGGCCCACCCUCCCCCUCGGCCGCCGCCUCGCCAGCCACCGCCCGCCGGACCCUGCCUUCCUCGCGGCGAGAGCCUUCCCUCCUCCCCCUGAAGGCCUGAACCCUCUGCCGCACCUCGGGUCGCCUUCUCCGCGCCAUCCCGCGCUGGCGCCUCUGUUCCGACCCGCCGAAUCCAUGGCUCCGCGCGCGGACGCAGAACCAUCAUCCAUCAGCGCCUCCUCUCGCUGCCGAGAUCGCGGGAUGGGAGCCCCGGAACCGACUCGAUCCAGGCCUGCUGCAAAGAGUCUGGGAAUUCUUGAAGCGCCCGUGUCCCAUUGAGAUGUUCAUACCGAGACUGACACUUCGCAACAGCACCGAAAACUGGAUGGAAACGGAACACAUUCGUCCAUUCGUGGUUGAAACAGCACUUAUGUGCAAUUUGAUUGUUGGAGGAAGCAUCAUCAGCAGCUACAAUGCAUUUGUGUGAAGAAAGUGAAGUUCAUGCGCUGGUGCGUUUAUGAUAGUUUGUGCAGAUUGCUUACUUCAACAUUUCAACCCUGCUAGCCCUAGCAGUGUGAACUGAACAUGUAUCUGUCUCUAAAAUGUUUUAGGUUCCAGUGGCACAAACAUCGGAGGGGGAUGAAGAGUUGAAUCAAGAGGAGCAGUGGAAGUACUCUGAUAAGGAAACUUACACUAAUACAACACUGCCCUACAUUCCAUGAAAAGUAACACUAACCUGGAUAGUUCAUUUAUCCAGCCUAUGAAAAUAGUGUACUAGAAAUUUACAGUUUUCUUGAGUCUAUAAAAGAUUAAGCUGUACCAUCAAGUAUUUAGUGUCUAAGAGAUCAAGUGCUAGCCCCUAUUAAUAGAUAGGACUGCAUCCUUAAGAGUUGCAACACAAAUAUAUAGCUGGGCAACAUAUCACUUCAUUCUUUCAGUUAUCAAUAUGCCAGAACCAUGACCAACUACAGAUAUAUCCAGGGCAGUGACAAACAUGUCAGAAAUUGUAGGCAGGGAAUGAAUCAAAUAUUUUGAAAAAAAUAUCUUAGAGAUUGUGCUUAACAGGAGUAAUAACAGAAACACAACUUUUUGAGGGGAUUAAAAAGAAACAGACAGAAAAAAAAGGAAGGCAGCAAUAAACUCUCACCUAGUGCCAGAAUUUUGUCAGGAUCCUCCCUCGAUUUUUUGGAGAAGGUAGGAGCGUUUCCUUGGCCAAUUAAGGAGGAUUACUCCACCCCUCGUUGAGCUGUAUCCAAUAUAGAUACCCCCACCCUUUGGCUCAGCACAUCUUCCCUGGAUCCCGUCUUCCUCCUGCAUUCCCCCGAGACUCAGAUCCUGCAGCAAUCUUUCCCCAAAGUGCGACCAGGCAUAGGUGUCAACCAGAAGGUCGCUUUUGGUGGAUUGGGAAUUUUUUAUGGACAAAGAAACAAAUUGUUUGACAUAUUUGUUGGGAUCUUACCUUCUUAGAUGCCCAAACAGGGAGUAUGAACAGUAUGAAAAUGACAAUGAAAGUAGGCACUUAAUUCUCCAAUAAUAACCAGAAAAUUCAACUCUUUACACUGUGGAGAGAGGGGGCUAUUUAUACCCCUAGCCCUCGGUCAGGUUUUCCUAAAUUGCCCCCUUCCAACUCAUUUACAGCUCACUUACAGCCGGUUUCGGGGUAAAAUUACAAGGUGAGGUGUACAAAUCCGACCUUCUCACGUAUUCACGUUUUACACGAAUGCCUACACCCGACGAAGGUCUUCGCGUCCUUCGGGGUACUUCGGAGGUCACGGCCCUGAAGGUUCCGUCUUCGAGCGAUCAGACGUCGCCUUCGUUCCCGAAGGCGAUCCCCUUGGUCCCGAAGGUCCUGAUCUUUGAACUUGUGCUUCUGAGUGACCAUUCGUCACCUUCGGCCACCCGAAGGUGAGAUCCUUCGUUUCUAGCAAGUCUUGGUCUUUAAGCUUGUGCUUCUGAGUGACCAUUCGUCACCUUCGGCCAUCCGAAGGUGAGAUCUUUCAUUUGUCGCAGGUCUUGGUCUUUAAGCUUGUGCUUCUGAGUGACCAUUCGUCACCUUCGGCCACCCGAAGGUGAGCUCCCUAGUCUGGGCGAUCUCGGGAGCGACUGUCGCCCUUCGGGUAUGCUCGUCUUCCUUCGUUGGAGCCCUGCAAACGAGGUAGGGGGCAUUUCCGAGGGCGGGAGCCUAUCCGAAGGUCCAAUCCCCAACAAUAUUGGAUAGGUGGUUGCCUGUCACAAGGAGGCUUGUUUUGCUGGGAUCAUAUGAAUACAUAUCCACCUUGUUUCAAUGUACCAAUCUCAGGAAUUCUUUUGUGGCAAGGUAACUAUGGAUAUUUUUUGGUCAGUUGGGUUGUUUGUAAGCUGAAAGGCAAGGGGAUUAGGGGAAUUGGGAGUUAAAGAUGAACACGAGUCAGUUCAUGCUGUUCAGAAUGGAACAGGCCUAUGGCAACCAAUAGUCGAAGCAGAUUAUAUCAAAUAAAGAUCGAUUUUAUCUGGAGGACUGUAGUACAUGGACCAUAUUUAUUUCCCCUUACGCAGUGGCUUACUUAUCUAGAAUGGGAUCAGCAAUUGUUUUGAUUACAAAACAAACCAUGUUCCUUGACUGAACUUCCAGUUGGUUGAUGCAGCUUCCAGGACAUGACAUGGAUUGAUUUUGCAGCUCCAAGUUGGAGUAAUAGUAUAACAAAGAAUGGGACACAUUUUGAUCGCCAAACCUUUCUUCUUACUUUCAUUAUUUGCACCUACAUUUCUUCAGGAAGAACGUUUACAUGGAGCUGUUGUUGCCUGGACUAUGGCCCCCUCCCAGGUUCCAAAGCUGACGGACACUGCUGUCGCAGGCUGUUGCAAGGUGUGUAAAGAACCUGAAGAGAAGGGCAAGAGGUUCCUGAUCUGUGGCCACUCUCUUUGCAUAUACAAGUACUACCACAUCCGGUGCCUGAUGCCUGAACAGAUCGCUAGUGAUAAGCAGGCAGGCGAACAAUGCUGGUACUGCCCAUCAUGCCUCUGCCGGGGUUGUUUCUGUGACAUGGACGACAAUGAGAUCAUCAUGUGUGACGGCUGUGAUGAGGCCUAUCACCUCUACUGCCUGAGUCCUCCUCUCACUUCCGUGCCCAAGAGGCAUUGGUACUGCCAGUUCUGCACUGCGGCGAAGGCACGGGAGAAGGAGUUGAAGAAGUACGAGAAGAAGAUGCUGCAGCUCCACAGGAAGCGUGAUCGUGCUAUGGUGAAGAGUGACAAGUAUGUGGGCAUGCACUUGCUGAUGGAGGCUGUGGCGAAGCUGGCUGAGGAGGAGGAAGCUGCGAAGCUGAAACGCGAUGAGGAGGCAGCUGCCGCUGCUAUGGAGAUGCUGAGAGGCGAUGAGGAGGCAGCAACCGCCGCAGAGUAGGAGGCAUGGAGACUGUGAGCAGGUGGAUUUGUGUUCCCUGCCAUGAGUUCAAACCAGCACAAGGUUUCUGUCCGGGGAGCAGCUCUGUCCCAGCUGAAGGCAUGAUGGUCAGCAGCUGGGACGAGCGGCCGAGGGUCUCUGAAGGGUCUCUGAAACGUGUGCCGUUUAUGCUGGUGGUAGAGAAUAUGAGUCCGUCAGGAUUGCUCUUAUCCUCUGUGAUCGUUUGUUUUAUUUUGGCGAGGUCAUACUUGACGAACUUGCCGGCUUCGUAACUUUAGAAGACUGUGAACACCCUUGAUACCUUUGCUGGGUACUUGAACUGAAAUGAAAUGGUGGAUGUUGGUAGACUAAA